AGUGCGUUGAGUAUAAUGCUGUUACUAGGACGCCUAAUGUUAAAAUGCAGAUAACUGUUCUUUACUCCUCUCAAUCUGUGAGAUUUCAAAAAUAUUUGGGUCCUUCGGGUUCAAAUAUUAAAUUAGGUAAUACCUAUUUUAUUUCUGGGCUUAUCAAAUUUUCGACAUCUGGCAAAAUGAUGUUAGAAGCAACUGAUGUAGACUAUUUAAAGACCCUAAACAUGAAUUAUAACGUAUCCGAAAGUUCCUCUUCUACGGGACCAAGUACUCGAACAAUUAUUGACAUCAUUGCUGAUGAUGUCGAAUCUGUUACUGCUCAAAAACAGGAAGAACACAUGGAUUCUUUAGUUAAAUAUGAUACUACUGCCACUCGUAAGUCAUCUGAAAACUUGUCAGAGAUUAUUAAUGCUGAUGCAAAAAGUAAUCCAUCUCAUGGAAGAAAAAAAUUUGGUCAAAUGAAUUACGUCGAUUUGGAUACUGAAGAAGACAAAAAAGAAAUACUAUCUGAACAUGAAGAUAAAGUUACCGACUUAAAUGAAGAAGCAAAUAGUCAAGAGGAGAAUAAAGAAUCUGAAGAUCAUCAGCCUAAGAAAAGAAAAAGAA